AUGAGUCUUAGCUCCAUGAGCGGAGAAGCUUUCAAACUCGGAAUGGAUAUCGAUCAUCGUAUCAACCGAUUCGUUGCUAUCGAUUGCUUGCUCAUGCAUAUAGUCUGCAUCGGUAGUAAGCUCAUAGCCUUCGACGACGAGUCUCAGCUCCGUAAGUUCAUUACGUGUAUCACUGAGUUCGUUAUCAUGACUUCUUAG